AUGCACAUGUUAUCUUCUCAACGUAACAUUACAGACAUUCAAGCACAUGAGAUUGAUUUGGCAAAUGAUGUUGGAAUUAUGCAGAAAUCAACUUUUAAUUUGAUGACUAGACAAGCUGGAGGAAGAGAUGGGAUUGGUUACACUAUAUUGGAUGCUAAGAAUUAUCUUCGAUCUAAGAGACAAACAAGCAUGGAUCAAGCAAUGGCAAAAGCGUUGAAUGAGGUAAUGCCUGAUACAUUUCAUGGAUUGUGUACAUGGCACUUAAUGCAAAAUGGAAUCAAGCACCUAGGAAACCUUAUGAAGGAAGGAUCAUGUUUCGUGACAGAUUUUAAGAGGUGUAUGUAUGGUUUUGAGGAUGAGACUCAAUUCGAGGAGGCUUGGGGUACUUUAUUGAGUGAAUUUAAGCUUAGAGACAACACAUGGUUGAAACAUGUAUACAAUGUGAAGGAAAAAUGGGCACGUUGCUGCAUGAAUAAUGCCUUCACGCUUGGUAUGAGAAGCACACAACUUAGUAAGAGUGUCAAUUCAAGUAUAAAGAAUUGUACAAAGCCCAACUUAAACAUUGAGCAAAUUUUCAAGAAUUUCGAGCAAGUUGUGGAGGAGAAGCGGUACAAUGAACUACAACGUGAUUUUGAGGCACCAUUUGAUCAAACCAUGUUUUCUGCUGAUCGAACAUAUUUCAGUGGAGAUGCAUCUAAUGCUGACAAUCGAGAUCGAGAUUAUUGA